CGCGCUGCCGCCGCCGCCGCCGCCGCCGCCGCAGUCCUUAGCUUCCCGGGGACAGGAAACCUUCAAGACCGAGAUACCACGGCCGCCUCCCCGCCCGCCCCCCAUUCUACGCGCCUGCCCACACCCUCCUCCCCUCCUUCCAGCGCCUUUCGGUGGAGCACUGCGGCACUCAGCCCGAGCUGCCGUUUUCCCCUCGCGGGGAACGCUGUGACCCCCCCGCAGGAGCGGCGGGGCGGGGUGGGGGGGCCCGGGAGAAGAUGGCGACGCCGGGAAGCGAACCCCAACCUUUCGUCCCGGCCCUUUCGGUAGCUACUCUGCACCCACUUCAUCAUCCCCACCACCAUCACCACCACCACCACCACCACCACCAUCAGCACCACGGAGGAACCGGCGCCCCCGGCGGGGCGGGCGGUGGCGGCGGCGGCAGCGGGGGCUUUAACCUGCCCUUGAACCGGGGUCUGGAGCGCGCGCUUGAGGAGGCGGCCAACUCCGGGGGGUUGAAUCUGAGCGCCAGGAAAUUGAAAGAAUUUCCCCGUACCGCAGCCCCCGGGCACGACCUCUCGGACACGGUGCAGGCAGAUUUAUCUAAAAACAGACUGGUUGAAGUUCCAAUGGAAUUGUGCCAUUUUGUAUCACUGGAAAUUCUUAAUCUGUAUCACAACUGUAUCAGAGUCAUUCCUGAAGCCAUCGUUAAUCUCCAGAUGCUGACUUACCUGAACUUGAGUCGAAAUCAGCUGUCCGCCCUGCCUGCCUGCCUGUGUGGUCUGCCUCUCAAAGUCUUAAUCGCGAGUAACAACAAACUUGGAUCAUUACCAGAAGAGAUAGGCCAGCUCAAACAGUUAAUGGAGUUGGAUGUCAGCUGCAACGAGAUCACAGCGUUGCCCCAGCAGAUAGGUCAGUUGAAAUCUCUACGAGAACUGAAUGUCAGAAGAAAUUACCUUAAAGUUUUACCACAAGAACUAGUAGAUCUUCCCUUGGUAAAGUUUGACUUUUCCUGCAACAAAGUGCUCGUGAUUCCAAUUUGUUUUAGAGAGAUGAAGCAGCUGCAAGUGUUGCUACUUGAGAAUAAUCCUCUGCAGUCUCCUCCAGCACAGAUUUGCACAAAGGGCAAAGUUCACAUAUUUAAGUAUCUGAGCAUACAAGCAUGCCAGAUUAAGACAACUGACUCCCUUUAUCUCCACACCAUGGAGAGGCCACAUUUACACCAGCACGUGGAAGAUGGCAAGAAGGAUUCUGAUUCAGGAGUUGGAAGUGACAAUGGAGAUAAGCGAUUAUCUGCCACCGAGCCUUCUGACGAAGACACUGUUAGCCUCAAUGUGCCAAUGUCGAAUAUCAUGGAAGAAGAACAGAUCAUCAAGGAGGACUCGUGCCACCGCCUUAGCCCCGUUAAAGGGGAAUUUCAUCAGGAAUUUCAACCGGAGCCUUCCCUUUUGGGUGACAGCACUAACUCAGGAGAAGAAAGAGACCAGUUUACUGAUAGAGCAGAUGGUCUCCAUUCGGAAUUUAUGAACUAUAAGGCAAGGACAGAAGACUGUGAAGAGCUGUUACGGAUAGAAGAGGAUGUACACUGGCAAACCGAGGGCAUAAUAAGUUCAUCCAAAGAUCAGGACAUGGAUAUAGCAAUGAUCGAGCAGCUGAGAGAAGCAGUAGAUUUGCUGCAAGAUCCCAAUGGAUUGAGCACAGAUAUUACAGAGAGAAGUGUUUUAAACCUAUAUCCUAUGGGAUCAGCAGAAGCCUUAGAAUUACAAGAUUCUGCACUGAAUGGUCAAAUACAGCUGGAAACAUCUCCAGUAUGUGAGGUGCAAAGUGAUCUAACAUUACAGAGUAAUGGGAGCCAGUAUUCUCCAAAUGAGAUUAGAGAGAACUCCCCUGCAGUCUCUCCUACCACAAACAGCACAGCUCCAUUUGGCCUGAAGCCUCGAUCAGACCCAGCCCUCAUUCUUCCUCCUAUCUCCUUCAACACACUUACACAGGCACAGACAUGGGACAGCUCUAGCUACAGUGUUCCAUCUGAAGGAGACAGUGACAAUGUGUUUCUAAGACCUCAGAGAAAUUUGGAAUCUAUAGACCCACAGUUUACAAUCCGGAGGAAAAUGGAGCAGAUGAGAGAAGAGAAAGAGCUGGUGGAACAACUUCGUGAGAGCAUUGAGAUGAGAUUGAAGGUCAGUCUACAUGAAGACCUGGGGGCAGCACUCAUGGAUGGUGUUGUCCUCUGCCAUCUGGUCAACCACAUCCGCCCACGGUCGGUUGCAAGCAUCCAUGUCCCGUCACCAGCGGUUCCCAAACUUAGCAUGGCCAAAUGCAGAAGAAAUGUGGAGAACUUUUUGGAAGCAUGCCGAAAAUUAGGAGUACCAGAGGAAAAGCUAUGUCUACCCCACCACAUCCUUGAAGAAAAAGGCCUGGUCAAAGUGGGCAUUACCAUUCAAGCAUUACUAGACAUCACCAUAACGAAGGCUCUAUUCACAUGAAACUACCCCUUCUCCACUGGGGGCUCAGACUCUGCUGUCAUCCAGGAUCCUGAACUCUGCUCCAGGCACCUGUUUAACCCUCUCUCCCACCCACUGCCUGUCACUUCACUGACUCCAGUUACAUUGAAACAAUUUUCAGUCUAAGGGAGGAUUUUCUACCUUUCAGAGCCGACCUCCGACUUUAAGACUUGACAGGUAUUUAUCUUGAAACCAGAGAGGGAGCUGGAGAAAAAAAAAACUGAGCAGCACAUCAAUGCCUUUUCCACCCUCCUUCAUCCUUUCCACACUCACCAACUGCCAUUACCAAAAUGCCAAGCACAACCGUUUUGCAGCAAGAUGCAUUCGUUUUAUUAAAACCAAACUCAUCAUGUAUUUAGUCGGGGGUGGGGGGAGGGGGGAACAAUCAGGUUUUUCACCACCAAAUUUUUCAAGAAGUUUCUUGAGACCAUUGCCUUUUACAAAACUAUUUUCGACAUACAAAAUAUUUAUAUAAAUAUUAUUUAUUAGUGAGUUGUUAUUCAUCCUUUGGAUGCAAAUUGUAAAUUAGGAAACUAUUUUAUUACUGCUUUUUUGUGGUUAAACACUUUAUUUUAAUAUUAUAAAUAUUGAGUUAUUUUCUAUCCUCUUUGGUGUGCGGUAGUUUAGGUCUCAGUAAUCAUGUUUCUGGUGUAUAUGAUUCCAAAAAAAAAAAAAAAAAAGCAAAAAACAGGUGCUUUUGGGACACAACUUUUCUGGGGAGGCAGUAUUGACACUUUGGUUUGUGGAACGUCAGUCUUAUUUAUAUUUCUGCAUUCCAUCCAGUUUCCUACAUUCCAGCAGCCCUCUGUCCCCCAAUAUAACAAACUGACUAAAAUCAAGAGAGCACCCCAAAGUUAUUUGUAAAUAGCUGUGAUGGAAAAAAAAAAGACAUAUUAAACUUGAAGAUAAAAUGUGAACAAUUAUUUUUUGGAUUCAUACUUCUUUUGCUAUGCACAAAACAUUCACGUUUUAACACAAAGAAAUAGUAAGUGUUAGCGUCAUCUGUCUUGAAGUAUACUUUUGCACUGUAACUUGGGUUACAUUAAAGAGAGCUUUGCACCAAAGGUAGAUAAUGAAGAAAUGGUAUAGGAAAGUGGAGAUGACGAAAAGUUGAUUGUUGAACCAAAAAGGAUUUGAAGGGAAGCUUUGACUGAGUAUCCGAAAUUACUUAAGGCACAUAGGACCUGAAUCAGGAAACCAGCACUUCUUACAACUGCCAGUUUUAAAAGAGGAAAUGAUUCUGAGAUGUGCUUAUGUUAUUUUAAUUUGGUGGUUGGUGGUUUUCCACGUAGUCUGUAAAAUCCUGCAAGAUUCACAGUCUCUGGUGUGAAACCUCAGAAGUGAGACAUUGUGAACCUGUGGGCAGUACCACCAAGGCAGGCUAAGGGGAGGGUGCAGUAAGUGGAGUUUGUGAGGCUGAGUGGCUGAGGAGGGAGCAAGUGCAACAAAAUAGGGCUAGAGAAGAACCAGCCAAGGAAUGGAACCCAUGCUGCUCUCAGAGAUUCACAGAUGGCUUCGCGGAACACGGCAGCCUUCUGCAGGCAGUUCCAUGCAUGCGCACUCACGCUGCAAUUACAGCUGUCCCAGGAAUUAACCUUUCUAAGUCUUGCGAAUGCUGACUGCACUUUCACCUCCUUGAAAAGCCAUUAGAAGUUUUUAGAGCAGCAGCAGGCACAGUUUGUAAGACAAAUGUAGAGGGGGACGCAAGAGAAAAGGCACCACCAGGAGGAGGAUUCAGUGUGCAGUCAGCACAGACCAACAUCAACCAAGACAACGGCUGCCCUCCGCUCUUGGGAAGAUGGGGGGAGAUUUCUGAAAACAGAAAUUUGGAUUGGCAGCUAGCAGUUAUUUCCUAUCAGAUGUACUGUGCACUUUAACCUAACUUAAAAUGUAUUUUAAUAUUUUUCUGUACUGCACAAAUACCUGUUUUGUCAAAUAGCAUAAUGAUGUAAAGAAACAUUUUGGACAAAGAGUGUAUACAAUUUAAGCAACAUUCAAAAGUUGACUAUAUAAGUAGGAAUUUAGCCUGCUGCACCUUCACGGGCAUUCAGAAUGCGGGGUCCUGAAAUAUUUUUUUACGUGUAUAUAUGGUGGCAUGAAGCUCUGUAAUCAUUGUUUCGAGAGACUUUUUUUUUUUUUCAAAAUUAAAGUAUUUCUUUUGAUAUUAAUUUUUAUUAUUUUCUUGAAGUUGGCUGUGUAAUGUAAAUGGCUUCAGUCUUCUGUAAAAUUGCUUUUUUUUUUCUUUUAAAUGCCGUCCGUGUAUGGCUAAGACGUCUUCAAGAUCCUUGUACACUGUUUAUAUGUGCAAUAAAAUGCAUGGCCAGCUGACAGUACCAUCAGUGGACAGAAUGUAUAUAGUGCAAAUAUCCUUCCUUUAUUAUUUAACAGCCAUUAAAACUUCAGAUUUGUACAAACCA